GUGGCUCCAUCUCUGUUAAUAGAGACGUUGUGAUGUUAAAGUGAUGUUUGAUCUUUAGGAGACAUCGACAGAGAUGGAGCUUCUUCCUCUUCUGUGUCUCUGCCUCCUGACUCGCUCUGGAAUCACGUCUGCUCAACAAAACAGGCCAGCAGUCAUCAAAGUGAAAGGAGGGACUGAUGUAGUGUUACCCUGUUCGCUCAGCACCAAGGAGAACAUUGAGUUUAAACUCUUUGACUGGAGGAAAGUUGCUCAGAAAGAUGAUGGUCAGAAGAAGGUGUUCCUGUAUGAUGGAGGCAGUCAUUACAACAACGGUCUAGAUGGUCAGAGUGAAGAGUUCAAAGGUCGAGUCUCUCAUUUUCAAGAUGAACUGAAACACGGCAACGCCUCCAUAAUCAUCAGAAAUACAAAGGUGACUGACAGCGGAGACUACAGAUGUUAUUUUCCUCAUCUUCAGCUACCUCAAACAUUCACCAUUAAGCUUGUUGUUGGUGCAGCUUCAAAACCAUCUGUGACAUUACUUGAUGUAACAACAUUCUGGGCGCUGCUGCAGUGUGAAGUUAAUGGCAAUCCAAAACCUAAAGUAGAGCUGCAGGACAGUGAUGGAAACAACCUUCAUGCUGAAGUAACACAGGACUCAGAAAGAGAAGGCAGCUUCUACAUCACCCUCCAAACUACUGUGACCAAGACCGGCACCUAUCGCUGUGUAGCCACACAGGAGGAACUCAAACAUCAGAUUCAUGCUGAGACCUCUGUGUAUAUCAGUGGUGAGAUUCUUCCUUUGUGAUAGUUUAAUUUUUUA